AGGGGCAGCUACAAUUUCCUUUUUCCUUUGUUAGUCUAAUAGGUGAGGUGUGUGCUAAGAGGUUUAAAAGCACCUGAGAACAGCAAUGACAAGACAUGAGUCUGCUGAGUUCACAGAAGCUCCAGUGGUUUUGACAUUUUCAGAAGGAGUUAGCUGGGGAGCACCCUAAGAGGUCUGGUUUAGAUGGAGGAGAAGAGUAAGAACCAUCGGGCUUUGCUCAACCCAGGAGAGGAGAAUGAGCUGGAGGUGUUUGGUUACAAGACCCAGAAUCUACGCAGAGCCUUCUGCCUUAUAGGAUUUGUGCUGACCUGUGGGGUCCUUCUGCUGGCGUUCAUCUGGAGACCCCAGUGGUGGGUGUGGGCCAGCUGCAUCCCGUGCGCAUUGCAAGAAGCAGACACUGUGUUGCUAAGGACAACGGAUGAAUUUCAAAGAUAUAUAAGGAAGAAGGUAAUCUGUCUCUACUUAUCCACACUGAAGUUUCCUAUAAGCAAGAAUCCGGAAGAACUCCUGGUGGUUGACCGCCACUCUGUCAUAAACCAAGCCGUAUCGAAGCCAGAAUUAAAACUACGAUAUAUCCAAGUGCAGAAAAUCAGGUAUGUUUGGGACAACUUGGAGAAGAGAUUUCGGAAAGUUGGGUCGCUGGAAGACAGCAACACCUGCUACGACAUCCAUCAUACGUUUGGACCAGGUCUGACCAGUGAGGAGCAAGAGGUCAGAAGAUUAGUGUGCGGGCCCAAUGCCAUUGAGGUUGAAAUUCAACCCAUAUGGAAGCUGCUUGUUAAACAGGUUUUAAAUCCAUUCUAUGUGUUCCAAGCCUUUACUCUAACUUUGUGGCUGUCUCAAGGUUACCUAGAAUACUCUGUGGCCAUCAUCAUCUUGACCAUUAUCUCCAUUGCCUUAAGUGUGUAUGAUCUGCGACAGCAAUCAGUUAAGCUGCACAACCUUGUGGAGGAUCACAACAAAGUCCGGGUUACAAUCGUCGUAAAAGGCAAAGGUUUGCAGGAGCUGGAAUCCCGUCUCUUGGUUCCCGGAGAUAUUCUUACUCUUCCCGGCAAAGUUUCAUUGCCAUGUGAUGCUGUUCUGAUUGAUGGAAGCUGUGUGGUGGAUGAAGGCAUGCUCACAGGAGAAAGUACACCUGUCACAAAGACACCAUUGCCCCAUACGGAGAACACCAGUGCCUGGAAAUCCCACAGCUUGGAGGAUUAUCGGAAACAUGUCCUUUUCUGUGGAACCGAAGUGAUCCAAGUCAAGCCCUCUGGGCAGGGGCCAGUAAGAGCAGUCGUUUUGCAAACAGGUUAUAAUACAGCAAAAGGAGACUUGGUGAGAUCCAUCCUCUACCCCAGGCCUCUGAACUUCAAACUAUACAGUGAUGCCUUCAAGUUCAUAGUGUUCCUGGCCUGCCUUGGAGUUGUGGGUUUUUUCUAUGCUCUUGGUGUAUACAUGUACCAUGGAGUCUCUUUUGGAAAUACUGCGCCCAUGGCCCUGCUCCUCCUUACCGUUACUGUCCCUCCCGUGCUGCCAGCUGCCCUGACCACAGGCAUCGUGUAUGCACAAAAGAGGCUGAAGAAAAGGAAAAUCUUCUGUAUCUCCCCACAGAGAAUCAAUAUGUGCGGACAAAUAAACCUCGUGUGCUUUGACAAAACCGGCACUCUUACGGAGGAUGGGUUGGACCUCUGGGGGACCAUCCCUACUGCUGACAACUGCUUCCAGGAAGUCCAUAGCUUUGCCUCGGGCAGGGCUUUGUCAUGGGGCCCACUGUGUGCGGCCAUGGCCAGCUGCCACUCCCUGAUCCUUCUGGAUGGGACCAUCCAGGGAGACCCUCUGGACCUCAAAAUGUUUGAGGGCACUGCCUGGAUAAUGGAAGAUCACAAGGUAAACCAGUGCAAAUUUGGGAUGUCAGAUUCAAAUGUGGUAAUAAAACCAGGACCAAAAGCCAGUCAGAGUCCAGUGGAAGCCAUCACCAUCUUGCACCAGUUUCCAUUUUCCUCCAGCCUGCAGAGGAUGUCUGUGGUCGCUCGGCUGGCGGGAGAGGAUCACUUCCAUGUCUACAUGAAGGGUGCCCCGGAGAUGCUGGUCCAGUUCUGCAGGUCUGAAACAGUGCCCCAGAAUUUCCCACAGGAACUGAAGAAAUACACAAUGCAAGGCUUCCGCGUCAUUGCCCUUGCCCAUAAAGCCUUGAAGAUGGAGAGGUUUUCAGAAGUAGAGAGUUUAACCAGGGAGAAAGUGGAGUCAGAGUUAACAUUUCUGGGACUUCUCGUCAUGGAGAAUCGCUUGAAAAAGGAAACCAAACCAGUCCUGAAGGAACUGAGCGAGGCCCGCAUCAGGACCGUGAUGAUUACAGGUGACAACCUUCAAACAGCCAUUACUGUUGCAAAGAGUUCUGAAAUGAUUCCUCGAGGGAACCAAGUGAUCCUUGUGGAAGCCAAUGAACCAGAAGAGUGUGCUCCUGCCUCUGUGACCUGGCAGCUGGUAGAGAACCAAGAGAAUGGACCUGGGAGGAAUGAAAUCUGCAUUGACAUUGGAAACAGCUCAGUGCCUGAUGGAGAAAGAGGGAGCUGUUACCAUUUUGCAAUGAGUGGGAAAUCAUACCAAGUGAUAUUUCAGCAUUUCAACAGCUUGCUUCCAAAAAUCCUAGUAAAUGGAACCAUUUUUGCAAGAAUGUCUCCUGGGCAGAAAUCAAGCCUUGUUGAAGAAUUUCAGAAAUUAAAUUAUUACGUGGGCAUGUGUGGAGAUGGAGCUAAUGACUGUGGGGCUUUGAAAAUGGCUCAUGCAGGCAUUUCACUGUCAGAACAGGAGGCAUCUGUGGCAUCCCCUUUCACCUCAAAAACAGCCAACAUCGAGUGUGUGCCUCGUCUCAUCAAAGAAGGCCGAGCUGCUCUGGUUUCAUCCUUUGGGGUGUUUAAAUACUUGACCAUGUACAGCAUGACCCAGUUUAUUGGCACAUCACUGCUCUAUUGGCAACUACAACUCUUUGGGAAUUACCAGUAUCUCAUGCAAGAUGUUGCUAUUACCUUGAUGGUCUGUUUAACAAUGAGUUCAACUCAUGCCUACCCAAACCUGGCUCCAUACCGACCAGCAGGACAUCUCCUGUCUCCUCCUCUGCUGCUCUCAGUCUUUUUGAAUGUCUGUUUCACCUGCAUUGUGCAGAUCUGUGCAUUUCUCUAUGUGAAGCAGCAGCCCUGGUAUUGUGAAGUCUACAGAUACAGUAAGUGCUUUCUGGACAACCAAAGUAAUUUCUCAACAAAUGGGAGUGUGGAAAGAAACUGGGCUGGAAAUGCAACUCUGAACCCUGGUUCAGUUUUAAGUUUCGAGAGCACCACACUGUGGCCCAUUGUCACCAUCAACUGUAUCGCAGUAGCCUUUAUCUUUUCUAAGGGAAAGCCAUUUCGAAAACCCAUCUACACAAACUUUGCAGGUCCUUCUAGUUGUGGGAUGUGGGACGCCGCCUCAACGUGGCCUGACGAGCAGUGCCAUGUCCGCACCCAGGAUCUGAACUCUAGGCCGCCGCAGUGGAGCGCAUGAACUUAACCACUCGGCCACGGAGCCGGCCCCUCCUUUUUUUUGUAUAGCUGUUUGGUCAAAGGUUUUGAGAACAUGUUAAGAUCUUCUUCAAUUUAUAUUUUCUAUUAACUUCCUCCUGAAUUUUUUGUAAUUUUUCUUAAUUUUGAUACAAUGUUUGAUAAUGCCCUUGGCUCUUGUCACAACAAAUCAAGAUUCUGUUUUAUGUUUUAAAGCUAAUCUCUUAUAGUCCUUUUUUUAUUGCAAACAUAUUUUACAAGGAGGUUAUAUGACAUUGCUGGAACUUUAAUUUGAAGAGUAGCUACAAAGUCCUUUUACAUAAACUGAGUUAAUUAGAGCUGAAUUAGUUACCUUGUAGUGACAUACAGCUUGUGAGUAAACUCAAACCCUUACGUCAAACAUAACUGAUAAUUUUAAAUGAAAAAAUUUCAUAAAAAUAUUCUAACAAAUAUAAUCUUAUAAUAGAUCAUAUUCUCUCAAGGUUACAAGCCAGAAGUCCUUGGAACUAGUGUUAAAAUAUACAAGCAAUUUCAUUUUGCUACAACAGGAAGGUCUUUACCCUUCUUAACAGCCUUUGACAGAAGCGCAACUUUAUGAUGAGAUAUAGAAAAAGUACAGAUUACAUUUUCAUGGAAACACAUGUGACUAUUCACUAACACUUUCCUCAUCUGAAAACGAUCUAUAGUGGCUUGGCCAGGACUUGGCUUCCCAAACCACCCGUGCAAACAGGGCCCCAUUCUUUCAAGUUUCCUCAUCAAUAGCAACUAACCAAGGAGGGCAACAUUCACUUCAGUUCUUCACUAUGUUUUCCAAUAGGAGCUGAAUUAAAGACGACAGCCUUAUAAUUUUGUUUCUGCACUGCGCAUUCGUGCACUAGCCUGGCCUGCUUUUCAGAUCAUUAGUCUGAGGACAGGGUGAUGUACACAGCACUCAGUUCUGAUGCUAGUGAGUACCAGGCCUUCAUCGGGAUGCACAUUUGGAGCAUCAUCUUCUUCCCCGCAUCUCGGUCGCUGGGACUUGGAAACAAGGAAAUGAAUGAAAAAUACACACAGCCAUUCCUGGGGGCUUCUUAUCACCAAGCUGCUCAGAUUGCUUUAUUUUGGGAGAUGCCGCUCCUGCAUUUCUUCUCUCCGCCUCACACCCUCCCAAGCAAGCCUGGGUAUUCUUCUGGAGGUGCAGCAUCUAGUUGUAUACAUAAAAUGAGGCUUGGAUGAAUAUGAGAGUGGGUGUAGGUGCCCAAGGGUGAAAACAGCUCUGGCGGCUUAAAAACAUAAGGCCUGCUAGAGAGAGGCAGUUGCCUCUGAUUUCUGCUUGGUAUAGACCUAUAUAGAGUUGGGGGUCAGUAGACCAUCAACGCUAGAAUGAAUGAAGAAGAGCGAGUAUAAGAGGAAACCUAGUUUGUUUAUAAAUUUCGAGAAUUGUAAGAAUCAUUUAUACCAUGGCAACCUUGAUUAAAUGCCGCUGUUUUGGCCUGAACAUGCUAAUCCUAUCAAAAAGCACUAUAAGGCACCAUCUGCAAAGUGCGUGAAAGCUCUGAUGGACACGGGAGUGGACAGGGCUAGGGGAUCAGAACAGUGACAAUGGCACAGUGCAUCCUGGGAAGUUUAGCUUCCCAAAGCAAAGUGAUUUGGCCAAGUUGGAGACAAAGAACCCAGGAGGUGCGCGUGCUAGUUUCUCACACACUGUUUAAGUUCAGAGUCUCAGAGAAACAUACAAAGUCGCUUUCAAGUGGUUACAAUCUAGUUGGUACAUAAAUGAAGAUCAUGCAAAGCAGGGAGUGAUAUACACCAUAUGGAAUAAAACCUUGUAAGGGAGGAUGAAGGACUCUUUAAAGAGAAAGUGGCAUUUGAACUGGGCUUUUUAAGAAAAAUUGGAAUAUGCCAAGACAAGAAGAACAUCACCUACACAGGGUAUGGUGUGAACAAAGGCACAGAAGCUGGGAGGUGUUGGGCCUCUGUGGACGCAGCAGGUUUGCGGUUUAACUUUCCUAUGACACACAAGGAAGAGCAAUCGGAGAUCAGUUUAGAAAGGCUGACUGGAACCAGCUUUGGAAGGCCUUGAAUGUCAAUCAAAGACCACUGGGCUUUCUUCCCUAGGCAACAAAGAAGAAUGAGAUGCUGCCAAGAGGACCGACUCUUUAUCCAUGCAUGCACUCACUUGACACACAGCGAUAAAGCACCAGGGCCUCUCUGGGGACCAUUCCUGGGCUGCUCACUGCAAGAUGUCCCAGCCCCCAGGACUCCUCAGCUGAGAUAACUCCUCUAUGGAGUUUACUACAAAGCGUUCGAUUAGCAGCUUUCUACACACAGCCUUUCGAGGGGAGAUUUUAAGAUGGUACCUUUGUCUUGUAAGCAUUAGACCAUAUUUUAAAACAUACGAGGAUAUAUCAAAACAUCUGAAGAUGUGUCCGGUGUUUGCCCAACAGAGAUAAUUGAUUCUGCAAUGUGUGCCAAAUUACAGGAAACGUUCCUUUAGCAUCUAAAAAUAAUGUUUGGUGUUUCUUCAGAUAUAUUCUCAUUGCUGCUGAUAUCUGCCUUGGGCCUCACAAUUUUCCUUCAGUUUUCUGAUUUUCAAGAUAUAUACCGCAGAAUGGAG